AUAGCGUGCCUGCCAGACUGGUCCGGAAGUCGCGUGUCGACGGCAACCCCUAACAACACCCCUCCGCGUCUCUCGCCCUACCGCUGUCUUCGUUACCACCACCUACAUACGAUUUCCUCGCCUUACCUUACCUGCCAGCGACGACGACCAGCACGGCCUACCGCGAGAUUGGCUUGUGUGUGCCGAGGGCAAUCCGUGCAAGUCAUACGGUAAAGGGGUGUUGGUGCAACGUUACCCUAACGAACCACGAGAACGAGUCGGCGAUUGGUCGAUCCUGUCGAGCGAGCGAGCGAGGCCCGAGGAAAAGCAACCCUCUCUUCACUCUCGGUUACGUACAGUCCUCAGAAUCGCCAGGAUAACCGUGCCGUUAACACCAUCCUGGUACCGUUAACAUUAUCACUCGAUUUAAUAGAUUAAAACUGAGUAAUAUAAAACAAUCGAUCGAAUAUCAUCGAAAAACGUAUUUCAUGUAUCGAAAUGAACUCCGAGUGAUACAUUCGCAGUACUUACUAUUCGCGUUUACUAUCGAUACUUCGCUUUUACUCAUUUUCUCUCUCAUAUCAACGACGAGGCGGAGCUGCCUUUUGAUUGUUUAGCAGAACUCUUCGAAAUCGUUACUUUGGGGGUUGACGUACGUCUUCCAUUCGGCGAGUGUCACGUGUACGCGCCAGACCUAGAGGUGUCUGCCUGGUGACCGUAAUCUCUUCGUGGCACGAACGUCAACGACGUGCAGUCUUGAACAAGAGUGAGUCGCUCAAGCGAACCAUGCUCGCGUCCUACGCGGUGGGAUUGUACGGUGUAACAUGAGCAGCAACAGCAAGAAACCACCGGGAGGCAAGGACGACAAGAAGAGUCCCUCCAGCAAAGAGGAAAGCCCGUCGGGCGGCAAGGACGAUGGUUCAGUCUCAACGGGUAGUAAUGGCGGCGCGAUCGGAGGAGAACCAUCGCAGCCAGGAAGUAAGCCCAGCUCCGCCGGUGCGACCGCCAGAGAAGGGGCCCAGAGACUUCUGGGCCUGGCCGCGCGCGGAGAAUGGGCACCCGUGGACCAGCUGCUCAAAUCUCUGGAGAAGACGGUGCAGAGCGCGGGGGAGGAUGGCUUCAUCGCACCGCUCGCCGGCGUUCUGGACCCGACGACGGGAAUGACGCCGCUGAUGUACGCGGUGAAGGACAACCGCAGCGCGCUGCUCGAUCGGAUAAUCGAGCUCGGAACCGACGUUACCGCCAGGAACAACGACAAUUACAAUGCGCUCCAUAUCGCCGCCAUGUACUCGAGGGAGGACGUCGUCAAGUUGCUUUUGUCCAAGAGAGGAGUCGAUCCAUACGCCACAGGCGGGCCCAGACAACAAACAGCGGUUCAUCUGGUAGCGUCGAGACAAACGGGCACCGCCACGUCAAUUCUACGAGCUCUGUUGGGUGCCGCUGGACGAGACAUCAGGCUGAAGGUCGACGGCAAAGGGAAGAUACCUCUUUUGCUAGCGGUGGAGGCUGGCAAUCAGUCGAUGUGCCGGGAGCUUUUGGCGCAGCAAGCACCUGAUCAGCUUCGGGCCACCACACCUGCGGGCGACUCCGCCCUACAUUUGGCUGCGAGAAGACGUGACAUCGACAUGGUGCGGAUCUUGGUGGAUUACGGCACGUCCGUCGACAUGCAAAACGGCGACGGGCAGACCGCGUUACAUAUAGCGAGCGCCGAAGGUGACGAGACUCUGGUGAAAUACUUCUACGGUGUCCGCGCGUCCGCUUCGAUCACCGACCAUCAAGAUCGGACGCCUAUGCAUCUGGCCGCUGAGAACGGCCACGCUUCCGUAAUCGAGCUGUUGGCCGAUAAAUUCAAAGCGAGCAUCUUCGAGAGAACGAAGGACGGUUCCACUCUGAUGCACAUUGCGUCGCUGAACGGCCACUCGGAAUGCGCCACUAUGCUCUUCAAGAAGGGCGUGUACUUGCACAUGCCGAACAAACGCGGCGCCAGGUCCAUUCACACGGCCGCGAAAUACGGUCACGUGGGUAUCAUCAGCACCCUGCUGCAACGAGGCGAGAAAGUGGACGCGGUGACCAACGAUAACUACACGGCACUCCAUAUAGCCGUGGAAAGUGCCAAACCGGCCGUCGUGGAGACCCUCUUAGGAUACGGCGCGGAGGUGCACGUGAGGGGUGGCAAACUUCGGGAAACUCCGCUUCACAUAGCCGCCAGGGUGCCUGAUGGUGAUAGGUGUGCCUUGAUGUUACUAAAGUCUGGAGCGGGUCCAAAUUUGACAACUGACGACGGCCAGACGCCUAUUCAUGUAGCUGCUAGUCACGGAAACUUGGCGACCCUUCUUUUGCUCCUCGACGAUGGCGGAGAUCCGAUGGCCAAGUCAAAAAAUGGAGAGACGCCUUUACAUUUAGCCUGCAGGGGUUGCAGAGCGGACGUGGUCCGGCACUUGAUCGAAUUCGUGAAGGAGAAGAAGGGUGCAGAAGUGGCGACUUUCUACGUGAACAGUCUAACCAAUGAAGGAGCCAGUGCUCUCCAUUACGCCGCCCAAAUCGAACCGUCCGAAGUCAUCACUCCCGGCGACGAUCGUGCCGUUAUUCGUGCGCUUCUCGACAGCGGUGCAGACGUCUCGAUGCAAACGAAGCAGGCCCAGGAAUCGGCAUUUCAUCAUUGCGCCCUCGCGGGUAACAACGAAGUCCUGCAAGAGAUGAUCAGUCGCAUGUCAGCCACGGAAGUGCAGAAAGCCUUGAACAGGCAGAGCGCCGUGGGUUGGACGCCGUUGCUGAUCGCCGCUCAUCGCGGCCACAUGGAACUGGUGACCACUCUGUUGGCCAACCACGGCAGGGUGGACGUGUUCGAUCUGGAGGGUAGAUCUGCUCUUCAUCUGGCCGCCGAGCACGGCUAUCUUCAAGUUUGCGACGCGCUCUUGGCGAAUAAGGCCUUCAUAAACUCCAAAUCGCGCGUAGGCAGGACCGCUUUGCACUUGGCUGCCAUGAACGGUUAUACGCAUCUGGUGAGGUUCCUCGUGCAGGAUCACGGCGCCGCGAUAGACGUGCUCACUCUGAGGAAGCAGACGCCCCUUCACUUGGCGGCGGGCUCCGGACAGUUGGAGGUCUGCAAAGUUCUUCUGGAACUCGGCGCCAGUAUAGACGCCACAGACGACCAGGGACAAAAGCCAAUUCAUGCCGCGGCAAUGAACAACUACGCCGAGGUGGCGCAACUCUUUCUGCAGAGGCACGCCAGCCUGGUGAUGGCCUGCACCAAGGAUGGCAACACAUGCGCCCACAUCGCUGCCAUGCAAGGCAGCGUCCGCGUAAUCGAAGAAUUGAUGAAGUUUGAUAGACAGGGCGUAAUAUCCGCCAGAAACAAAUUGACAGAGGCUACCCCACUGCAAUUGGCGGCAGAGGGUGGCCACGCCGAAGUGGUGAAGGCUUUAGUGCGGGCUGGGGCGUCCUGCGCUGACGAGAAUCGCGCGGGCUUCACCGCGGUUCAUCUCGCGGCUCAACAUGGCCAUGGUGCAGUAUUGGAAGUGAUGAGGUCGUCGCAAUCCCUUAGGAUUUCCAGCAAGAAACUCGGCGUCACGGCGCUGCACGUAGCCGCUUACUUCGGGCAAGCCGAUACGGUCAGAGAAUUACUAACUCAUGUACCCGGAACUGUGAAAUCCGAUCCACCGACCGGAGGAGCGCUGGUGGCAGAAUUAGGAAGCGAGUCCGGCAUGACACCUCUUCAUCUGGCCGCCUAUUCCGGAAACGAGAACGUCGUACGAUUGCUGCUGAACUCCGCGGGUGUUCAGGCGGACGCGGCGACCACCGAAAACGGAUUCAACCCCUUGCAUCUGGCCUGCUUCGGCGGUCAUAUCACCGUCGUGGGUCUGCUGUUGAGCAGAUCGGCGGAGUUGCUGCACAGCGCGGACCGUUACGGCAAGACCGGACUGCACAUCGCAGCGACCCAUGGUCACUAUCAGAUGGUGGAGGUUCUCUUGGGUCAAGGGGCUGAGAUAAACGCGACCGACAAGAAUGGCUGGACACCGCUUCAUUGCGCGGCGCGCGCCGGCCAUCUGGAUGUCGUGAAGCUGCUCGUAGAGAGCGGCGCGUCCCCGAAGAGCGAAACGAAUCUUGGCUGCGCGCCGAUCUGGUUCGCCGCGUCCGAGGGUCACAACGACGUGCUCAAGUACCUCAUGGAGAAGGAGCACGACACGUAUGCUCUGAUGGACGACAGAAGGUUCGUCUACAAUAUGAUGGUCUGCAGCAAAAGUCACAACAACAAGCCAAUAGAGGAGUUUGUCCUGGUGUCACCCGCGCCGGUCGACACGGCGGCCAAGCUGUCCAACAUUUACAUGAAGCUUUCCGAGAAGGAGAAGGAACGCGCCAAGGAUUUGAUCGCGGCUGGGAAGCAGUGUGAGACUAUGGCGACUGAGUUGUUGGCCUUAGCGGCGGGCGCCGAUUCAGCCGGCAGGAUCUUGACGUCGAUGGACCGCAGGAAUGUUGAGUUUCUGGACGUGUUGAUUGAGAACGAGCAAAAGGAGGUAAUCGCGCACACUGUGGUGCAGCGUUACCUCCAAGAACUUUGGCAAGGCAGUCUGAAUUGGAACGCGUUCAGGACUAUCCUGCUGUUCAUCGCCUUCCUCGUGUGCCCGCCCGUCUGGCUCGUGUUCGCCCUUCCGUUUGGCCACAAGUAUAACAAUGUGCCCAUCAUCAAGUUCAUGUCGUAUCUCACGUCGCACAUCUACCUGAUGGUUUUCCUGCUGUUGGUUGGCAUUACGCCCAUCUAUCCAGUGGUGAGAGCCAGCUUGAUACCUUACUGGUACGAGUGGUGCCUGCUAGUGAUGCUCUCGGGGCUGUUGCUGUUCGAGCUGACGAAUCCCAGCGACAAGAGCGGCCUGGGCUGGAUCAAACUGGCGGUGCUGCUCUUCGGGAUAUUCGGCGUGGCGUUCCACCUGAUGGGCUUCGUAUUCGUGCAGAGACCGUAUUGGCCGACUCUGCUCUACCUGAGAAACCAGCUUUUCGCUCUGAGCUUUCUUUUAGCAUGCGUACAAAUAUUGGACUUCCUGUCGUUUCACCAUCUGUUCGGACCAUGGGCCAUUAUCAUUGGUAAUCUCAUGAAGGAUCUCGCGAGAUUCCUCGCCGUGUUGGCCAUCUUCGUCUUCGGCUUCUCCAUGCACUUCGUCGCGCUCAAUCAGGCGUUCAAGAACCAAUCGCUGCAGGAGGCGCGUGCCGACGACAGGAAGAAGAAGGAGGCGUUCCACGACGAUUUGUUGACCAAUGUUACGGAAAGGAUGAUGGAGACGCCACCAACGGCGCCUCCUCGUCGCUACGGCCGCUACAGGAAAAAGAAUGACUGUUGUGAGGAAAACAGAGAUAUAAAGAUGAAUCCGGUGCUCGCCUUCGAGUAUCUGUUCUUCGCCGUCUUCGGCCAAACCACCCACACCGAGCUGAAGGUCGAGUCCAAUCAGCCGGAGUGGACCGAGGUCCUCUUCAAGUUGACCUUCGGCGUGUACAUGUUGGUCUCGGUAGUGGUGUUGAUUAAUCUGCUGAUCGCCAUGAUGAGCGACACUUAUCAACGGAUACAGGCGCAGUCGGACAUUGAAUGGAAAUACGGGCUCAGUAAACUGAUCCGUAACAUGCACAGAACCACUACAGCUCCGUCCCCGCUAAACUUGUUCACCACCUGGACCGUAUACUUCAUCAAGCUGUGCAAGCAACGCGCCGCUAAACGCAAGCGACCCUCGUUGGUGCACAUGAUGGGGCUGCAGCGCGCCAGCCGUUUGUCGCCCAGGUCGAAGAUGGGCGCCAAGUGGCUGGCCAAGGUUAAAAAGGGCCAAAUCGCCCACAAAGACAGCGUGGCCCUGUCGGUCGUCCACCUGAGUCCCCUCGGCAGUCAGUUGUCCUUCAACAACAUCGUCAAGAUCGACAAUGUCGUCGACUGGGAAGUCGUCAGGCGCAAGUACAGAGAUCUCUACGGCGAGAAGGUAGAGAAGCCGGUCGAGGAGAGCAAGGAAUCGACGGAGACGAAUCCAUUGGCGGCCUUGGAGGGAUCGUCGAGCGUCGCCAUGAAAUCGGGACUGCCCGGGGCCUGAAGGAAGACAAGAAGGAAGCAGAACAGAAAUCGCCAAAGAUCACUCGCUAAACCAGCGUUCUAUAGCGUUUUUCCUUUUUCCGGGGUUCGACGCGCAUUCAAGAUGCGUUUGAUCGCGCGCGAUUAAUUUUGUGUACAUACGCGUGCAGGGGCGCGCGACAAAGCACGCAGUGGUCCUUGUCAGAGUAUCACUUUCUUUUUCUUUCAAAUAAACGCUUAGUUCGACCUCGCCUCGCUUGUACAGUUAUUAGCUAGAAGACUACCCGCUCCUCGUGAUCCACGGUCUAAUCGAUUACCUAUACCAUAUUUUAGAAGCUACCAUGGGGAAUACCCGUAUGCAUAGGAAUCGUUCCACGUCACAUUUGACGUGAGAGUUAAUCCGAUCAAUAUUACGGAGUAUCUUUUCUUCUCCAUUUUCGGCCAAAAAGGCACCGACGACUUCACAAUUACGUUAA